GAUGAGGGUGAUGAGAAGAUGAGGCAAGUCUCAGAUGCGAUUCGAGAAGGGGCUGCAGGCUUCCUCUCUACACAGUAUGCCAGCAUCGCCAAGUUGGCAGUUUUAGAGCCUCGGCUACAAGGUCGUGCGGUCGAAGCUAAGAUCUCCCGUGUCUUGAUCGGCAUCUUCCUGAUGUACAUCGUCCGGGAACCGCCGAAGAAUCUUUCUCACGUGCCUUCCUCGCGCUUGGCACUUUGCGUAGCAGUCUCCUUUGCCACUGGCUCGGUGCUCUCAGGCAUCGCUGGCUAUGUGGGCAUGUGGGUGGCGGUGCGCUCCAACAUCCGCGUGGCGAGUGCUGCCACCCGGUCCUUUGGCGAGGCCAUCGCCGUUGGCUUGCGCGCCGGCGCCUUCAGUGGCGUGCUGGUGGUUUCUAUGGUGCUCUUGGGCAUCAUCGGACUUCUUUUUGGUGUACGGAGGGGUCCGGUCGCCGAUCGGAUCUAUCCAGAGGGACGGUGGAAGGGGUUGCUGAAGGGGUCGCUGAAGGGGACGAUUGAAGAGGCCGCUUUGCACCAGCUGCCCUUCCUGCUGGUGGGCUACGGCUUUGGCGCCUCCUUCGUGGCGCUCUUUGCGCAGUUGGGCGGCGGCAUCUACACCAAGGACAUGGUGGGCAAGGUGGAAUCGGAUAUCCCGGAAGAUGAUCCGCGAAACCCGGCGGUCAUCGCCGACCUCGUGGGCGACAACGUGGGCGACUGCGCGGGGCGCGGCGCGGAUCUCUUCGAGUCCAUCGCCGGCGAGAUCCUCGCGGCGACCGGGCCCGGCUAUGUCUUAUUUCCCUUGGCCAUCCACGCGAUGGACAUCAUUGUCAGUGGCAUCGGGAUCAUGAUGACCGAGUCGCCCAAAGGAGCGGGUGGGCCCGCAGCUGGACAAGACUGGACCAGAAAAAGUGCCAAGAACAUUGAUCCCAUGGAAGUGCUCAAGAGUGGCUACAAAAUCUCCGUGGGUUUAGCUGCCGUGGGCAUUGUGAUUCUUUGCAGGCUUUUGCUCUACACAGAUGCUCAUCCAACUGCAUGGAUGUACUUCUCAGUGUGCGGCUUAGUGGGCCUUGGAACCGCCUUCCUCUUCAUCUUGGUGACCCAGCGCCUCGACGACAGUACUACACCGACUUCAACUACCCCCCCGGUGCGGCAGAUCGCGCAGGCCUCCCUCACGGGGCACGGCACCAACGUGAUCGCGGGGAUGUCCGUGGGCAUGCAGGUCCGAUCUGUGCCACGCCCGCAUCAGACGGGCAUGUCGGCCUUCGGCGCUCCCAGCGCCUCGGCCGGGCUCUUCGGCACGGCGGUGGCCACGAUGGGCAUGCUCUCCACCGUCGUCUUCGUGUUGGCGAUGGACGUGUUUGGCCCCAUCACCGACAAUGCGGGAGGCAUCGUGGAGAUGAGUGAGCAGCCCGAGACUUGGGCCUUCAGAGAGAGUGUGCGGGACAUCACCGACAGCCUGGAUGCUGUGGGGAACACCACCAAGGCCAUCACCAAGGGCUUCUCCGUGGGCUCUGCCAGCUUGGAGCUGGCGGGCCACAAGGUGGACGCCGUGGACAUCUCGGUGCCCGAGGUCUUCCUCGGCGGCAUCGCUGGCGCCACGCUGGUCUUCUACUUCAGCGGCUCGGCGCUUGGCGUCGCCCGCGACGCCCGCGUGCCACGUUUGCGACGCGCGCAGGAGGUGGUCAACAACGUGCGGACGCAGUUCCGCGAGCGGCCGGGCAUCAUGGACGGCUCGCAGAAGCCGGACUACGCCUCCUGCGUCACCAUCGUGACCCAAGCGGCCCUCCGUGAAAUGGUCGCGCCAGGCAUUGUGGCGACCACGGUGCCACUCUGCGUGGGCUUCUUCUUUCGGCUGACCAGCAGCAGCAACGACAAGCUUAUCGGAGCCAAGGCAGCCGCGGGCCUUCUGUCUGCUGCUGAUGGGGGUGGGAUGUUGCUCCGCUGGGAGCGUGCUUGGCUCAUCGAUCGCAUGCAGGGCCAAAGCACCAAACGAGAACCAGGUGGAAGGUUCGCAGAAUCGGGAGUCAGGAAGCAGGUUGAAGCUACCUGUAGGAGGUUGGGUCCUGCCACCCAGGAAAAGUGGAGCACCUUUAAAAAGAAUGCUUUUUGGGGGAUGGGGGACACCCCGGAGAGCUACUUCCCACUUGAGAUGGGUUCCCAAACCUUGCCAAAUUCUGCAACAUAUUUGCAGCAUUUCUACUCUUGGCCAUGUGUUCGGCAAGGCUCGAGCCAUUGCAAGGAGAGCAGCAAUUGUAGUUGCUUUGUCUUGCUGAAUCGGGUAGGUCAUGGUAGCUCCGUCACUUCACGAGGGCAAUGGUAG